AUGAGUAAAGUCCAAAAGGUGAUUCCUGCAAGAAUUCAUGUUUCAGAAAUGACAAUCAACGAAAUGCAAACUACAUACGAUCUCGAUGAAGAUGUCUUUGUUGAAACCACGCAAUAUUUGAUAAAAUGGGAAGGCUUUGGCUCAGAAGAUAACUCAUGGGAAGAUGAAGGAAAUGUGAAGUAUUGGAAUCAAAAGUCAACCCCAAGAAAUAAGGUUAAAGUUCCUAAUAAAAAAAACCAAAAUAUUGCAAACUCACCUGUUGAUGUUUCUAAUGAUGCACUAAAUUCAACUCGAUUUGCUUGUAAUGUGUCAACACGGACUCGUGGUACAUCAAGAUCUCAAGAUAAUGAUCGUGUCGAUACCAUUAAUAAUGUUUAUAUUGAAGGUUGUUGGGAAAAUCUUGCAACAAUCUCUGACGUUUUUUUCGAUUAUUCUGCUAGUCAACUAUUGAUGCUAUUAAUUUGGAACGAUGGUACUAGGAGCUAUCACACAGCUCAAGAAGUACAUCAGAAAUGUCCUCGUCAGUUGAUUAAAUUCUACGAAAGCAAUUUACAAUUUGAAAAUAGUCUACAAGAAGCGGAUUGA